ACACUGUUAAACACAAUUCAGCAAGAUUCAUAUAAUCCCUACAAUCACUCCCCUUCCAAAUCCAUACCAAAUCUUAAUUCAUAUCAAUGGGAUUUCAUUAUAGUCGACGAACCCUCGAUCAGUAUCUGGAAUCGCCGAUCAAGCAAGUCUGCCUUCGACGAUCGAAUUGGUCAUUCCAUUGAUAGAUUCGACGAACAGAGAAUUGAUCAACUGAAGAAAUUCAGCAAUUGGGAUCAGAUCAAGGCUCCUGGUCUCAACUCGUCUAUGUCGAUGAGCGACCUAGUGAGCCAUCUCGAGAAUAGGAUAUUAGAACAGGGUACGUCUGACAAUCCUACUAUCUCGAGUGAGGAAUGGAAGAGUCUUCAAAUCUUGGAUGACAUAAAACGGUGCUUGUUUAGUGAAACCCAACACUUGCCAGCCUCGGAUGAGAAAUCUCUCAUGUUCAGGGUCGAUUCUCUUUGUUGCCUCCUUCAUAAUGAUGCCCCAGCAGGUUCCAGCGUGCAGCUUAAAAGGGACAACAACCUUAAUCUGUCAUUGUUGCAAAAGGGAGGAGAUGAAUCGAGUAGUGAUGGCUUUCUCUCUACGGAAAAGAGAGCUGGAGUUGGUGACGUCCAUAACGAGGAACCUGAAGAUGUCUCUGGCCCCAACCAGGCGUCGUCCAUGUCAAGGAAAGACUCGGUUGGAGAGCUGCUGCUUAAUCACCCUAGGAUAUAUAGCUUCUCUACCACAAUUCUUGUUCAACAUUUCUGAAGACUACGAAAACCAAGCUAGAUGAGUCGGAGGCCGGGGGUGCGCAUGUCUCAGUAAUUUGUACAUGGGUGUAGUUGUAUGUUUGGUGUCAACAUUUGUGUAGUUUGAGGAUUCGGAAAUUAAGAUUGAUGAUGAAUCCUGUAAUUAUUUAUGUUUUGAAAUUGGUAUCAUAUUUCUGCUUUUGUUUCUUGUUAUGAUAA